UAUAUUUUGAUAUAUUUUCAACAAACUUAGAUCAACAGGUGUUGAUUAAUUGGAUAAAUACCUCAAUAUGGGCGACGUUACAGGACUCAGCAAUGCCGAAGCCGACGAGCUGUGCAAAAAGCCCGAGGCGGCCACCAAGGAUUUCCUAUUCCAGCAAACGAUGUACCGCAUCAAGGAUCCGCGCCGGUCGCUGCCCUUUUACACGGGGGUCCUAGGAAUGACCUUGCUGGUGAAACUGGACUUCCCGGAGGCCAAGUUCUCCUUGUACUUCAUGGGCUACGAGAACGCCGCCGAUGUGCCCAAGGAUCCCAAGGAGCGACGCAGCUGGGCGAUGAGCCGCAAGGCUACGGUUGAACUGACUCACAACUGGGGAACUGAAAGCGAUCCAGAUCAAAGCUACCACACCGGCAACAACGACCCUCGUGGCUUCGGACACAUUGGACUCAUGGUUCCCGAUGUCUAUGCCGCCUGUCAGCGUUUCCAAGAGCUUGGCGUCGAGUUUGUUAAGAAGCCCGAUGAUGGUCGCAUGAAGGGUUUGGCCUUCAUUAAGGAUCCCGACGGUUACUGGAUUGAGAUCUUUAACGCCCACUCUGUGUAGACCCAUGCUCGCUGACAGUUGUUUUUUUUUAUUAUUUUUUAUUCCACAUGUAUCUGUCACCGUUCCUUAAUUGCCUAAGACACGUCUGAGCUGUAGAGUGGAAUCUCCAAAGGAGUCUUUAUAAUAAACAAGAAACAGAAUGUCCAACAA